CAGUCGGCAUUUAUACAUGCUGUCUAGGUAGGUGGCUCGCUAGGUUUCGUGACACAGACUCUGUGUAUGUGGCUCUCUCUCGAGAGUGGUUAGGUAACAUCCUCUGGAUUAAACCGGGGAAAGUUGUUUCCUGAACUCUUGGUGCAGUUUGUAGGUUUGUUGAAGGCCAACCCUGCUGCGGCUCAGACAGGAAAAGGAAGACGGAUGCGGGCGAAGGGAAGAAUACCGAAACGAAAGGAUCUCAUCGAGCCAAAUGACGUUAAGCCAUGGAAGUGUCGGAGACGCCAGCAUCGCGCUGCGAAGACAACAACGCAGGAUCUGAAGAAGAUCUCCAGACCCAACUAAUCGAGUGCAGAGCUCAGCUGGAACACUGGCAGGGUGUGGCCAGGAUCUGCGAGCUCAGCAAAGAGGAGGAGUUGCAGGAACUGCAGAAACAAUGUGACCAGGAGAUUCAGUCAUUGCAGGAGGCCCUGAGAGAAACCGCUGCUCAGUAUGAAGCCAGGAUAUCUGUUCUUCAGUCUGAGCGUGCCCAGUGGAGAAAAGCUGCUCUGCUCCAUGACAGCAAGGGUGGCUUUAAAAAGGGCAAAGGGGAGGCUUCCUUUCCCCCCAAUGAAGCACUACAGGGCGGCUCUUCACCUCCACGGGGCAGUGACCCUGAGAGCGCGGGCUCAGACUCUGAUCCACUGGAGCUGCUGUCAGAGAUAUCAGAUACAGAGACAACUGGAUUCAUGAUGGACUAUUUCCCCCCUCACUGUGACUCUGCCUCCCUCUCAUCGUUCUCACUGGACACACCCUCUUUGCCCAGGCAUCCGCCCCCUCAGGAUGACACCGCCUCUAUUGUUUCCACAGGAACGCUGGUGCCUGAAGCGAUCUACCUGCCACCACCAGGGCACAGGCUGGUCUCGCAUGUGGACUGGGACAAACUGCAAGCACAGCUUGAAGAGCUCAACGAGGAGGUGACAGAGCUUAGAAAGCAGAAAGCUGAGCUGGAGAGAGAACUCGGUGUGCAAAGCGUAGAGACCCAAAAACAGUUGUCAGUGCUUCAGUCUCAGGUGCAAACAUCUGAAGCCCUCCUCCAAGACCUACAGAAAUCUUUUAGCCAGUCGCAAAGUGCCGUUCAGAGCAGAUUGGCAGAGCUGUCUUACUCUCAGAAGAGAGUUUGUAAUGAGCUCUCCAAGUUGAAAGGUGAAGAUAGUGAGAUUGAUGAAAGUACUGAAGAUACCCUGUCCUCCCUCAGUCCAACAUUACAGGCGGCUCACUGUGAGGAGAGGCUUCGUAUUGAAAUCGUGAACCUACAGGAACAGCUGGAGACACGCACGGAAGAGAGUGAUGUUGUAGAAGUCAAGCUUGCAAGUCUGAAAGUAGAGACGGACCGCAUUCAGAGCCAAAAAGAAAAGUUGGAUGCUGAGCUGCAGGAGUGUCGCAUAGAGGUACAAGGUCUGCGGGUGGCGCUCUCUCACCUUCAGAAAGAAAAUAAAACACUCAUCCAUGAGAAGACUGUGUUGCAACAGCAGUGUUUAGAGUUGCGCAGUCAGGUGAUCAGUCUGCGCACUCAGCUAGACACCAGUCAGACUGUACAGAAGGAUUUUGUCCAGCUGUCGCAGUCACUGCAGGUGAAACUGGAGCAGAUUCGUCAAGCCGAGUCAUUGAACCAGGUCAAGUACAUUUUAGGGGAGGUGAUUGAAGAAGAUACGGAUUCAAAUACAGAUGCCACAUGAAACGAUAAAAGAACAGGUGACUUUUUGCAGACCAAAGUGAAGAGACUGGUGGGUAGAUAGGAGGUCAUCAGAAACGACUAAGCUGAGAUGGGCUACCCUCACAGUGAAAUGAUGAACUAAAAGGCCAGUCCUGCGCUCCUGGGUCAACAAAAGCUUCUAAUGAACUCAAACCAUGUUGAAUCUGGUUUUGCUAAUACCUGAAUAGUGUGAAAUGUUAAUACACUGACUACUGUCUAUACUAGACUUAAUGAUAUUGCAGUGUCAUUUUUAUCACCAUGAUAUAAUGUUGGCUUUCCUAAAGCACACGGACUGAUAUAUUACUUAUAGUCAGCUUUCACCAGCAAAAUGAAGAAAGAAAAUACUGUAAUGGUUGUCCAUUCAGUUAUUGGUAUGAGCCAGUGAGCAGUAUAAGAUCAUUUUUAUGUUAAUGAGCUAAUAAAACAGUAAGGGGUGGUUUCCCGGACAGGGUUUAAGCGUAGUCCCAGACUAAUUUAAAUGUUAAAGGUGUCUUGAUCAAAAACAACUUGCUCUGACAUAUCUUAAAAUAUAUCAGUGGGAUUGUUUUGUCUCAAGAUGCACAUCAGUAAUGUUUUUUUGUAAAGUAUGUUUUUAAAAAUGACUUAAAUAUUCUAAUUUAACUAAGGCCUAGUCCUGGUUUAAAAUAAUCCCGGAAACCGCCCUUAUGUGUGUUUGACUGGUCGUAAUACAUUUUAAUACAUGUAAUGAAUGAAACAAACCUGAGUGUU